ACAAAACACAGCAUCACAUGAGCAAUGGACUAAUGACACAAAUACCAAAAGAUAGUUUUCCUUCAAGUACAUCCUCGGCAGCUCUUGCUUUCCUAGUUUUUUUAUUCUACUUUUAUAUACUAUGGAUAUGUGUUCUUAGGCAGAAAAAUCAUUGCUGUGUGUGUGUCCUCAGACAUGUACCUUACAAGUGUGACAUGUUGGACCAAUCAAACGAUGCCUAUCUGCACUCCAAACCCGGGAAGGACCGCAGCCCCUUCACCAUCCUGGCCUCCACCCGCUUCGUACGCAACCGCUUCCUCAACUCCCUGACCCUCCCCAGCAAGAAGUUGCACCCCCACCGAGCCCAAACUGGGGGGGCUGAGAAGGAACAGGACGGUCACAGAGCCCUCUAUCUACUCCUCGUCGCAGGGAGAUGUGUUUACAUCUGUAUUCAAUGGGAGAGGCUUACCCAAGAGUCCCACAGUCAGCCUGGAAACCUCCUUUGUGGUGAUCAGCGGCUCGGUGGAGGGGUCAGAGGAGCAGCUGGCAGAGAGGAGGCUAGACCAGGCUGGUGGAGGAGGUACUGAGCUGGGGGGUCCUGGAGAGCCUCCCUCCAGGGAUCAGAGUAGCCGGGAACGUCUAGCGGCAGGAGAUGGUGGUUCCUCUUCCUCUGAAGGGGGAGGGACUCAUUUUAAAAGCCGCAGUCAGAGCUUCAACACGGACACCACCACAGUGGCAUCAACUCCAUGAGCUCCAGCCCCUCCUGUGAGACCACUGGAAACCCUGAGCCCGAACCAGACUCCUCGGACUGCGUCAGCCUUUACACAGUGGUCUCGGCCAAGACCGUGAAAACGCUGUACUCCCUCAGCCCAACCCAGGCCCAGACUAACCACCUGCCCCUUUCCAAGUCUCCCUGUUCCCCGCUGGCUACUCACAUACCCUCCCCCGUAGAGCCCAGAGUCUCAAGUCUCCCUCCAUGGCGGCUAUUAAUAGCCUGGCGGACUGCAGUUUCAUGUACACCAGCCCGCGGGAUGCACUAGGCUAUGCUACUCUGAAGAAGCUGCAGCAGCAGAGGAUCCACCCGUCUCUGUCUCAUAGCAAGGUGUUAGCGUUGCCUGCUAAAGACGUACUGUUCACUGACGCUAUCACUAUGAAGACUGGUAGUCUGGACUCGAGGCUGAUGGUGCGCAGGAUAAAGGAGAAGUUUCCCUAUGCGUUUGAUGAUAUCUGUUUGUACUCUGAGGUGUCUCACUUCUGGCCCACUAUGUUCCGCCUGCCAUCUCGACGCUUCAUACAAGAACUCUUUCAGGAUGUACACUUCAUACCAAUGUACAAGGAAGCAGAAGCGAUCCUGUCGAUGCCACCAAAGCCUGUCGGAGUGGAUAUAGACCGUCCCACGGAAUCCUGAUCAUUGUCCCCAUCCUCUUCCCCCUCUCCCUGUUUAGACGACCCCCCCUCCCUCCAACCUUCACAUAGAGAUAACGAGAGCAAUGGGGUGGGAGAAUAGAGGGAGCAGCAGGUAGCCUGGUGGUUAGAGCGUUGGGACUAUUAACCGGAAGGUUGCUAGUUUG